AUCUUGAUGGGUGGAUGCUCUCAGGUUGCGCAAUCCUGGGCUUGUCUCUCUUGAGCUCUGAAACCCAGACAGUCAGUCCAAAGAAACGGUCAUUAGAGCAGCAGGCGAAAUUCGCCUUUCUUCUGUGAAGAUUGAGCUGAACCAAAUAUUGUUAUGUUUUUCACACUAUGUGCUGAACGCCCACAAUGCCAGGAAAUUAAGAGGUGUGAUCUUUGGAAGAGCUUGAUUGGUUCCAGUGGAACCUUUAGGACCUACUGUGUUAUCGUUUUACGCAAAACGCCCAUAGACACACAUGCAGCAAUAAGAGAAAAUCUUGGGGACCGGUGAAUCACAGACCGCGCUUCGCUACAAUGCCAGUGCAAGCCCCACAAUGGACCGAAUUUCUGUUGUGUCCCAUUUGCACGCAAACCUUCGAGGAGAGCCACCGCAAGCCCAUCAGCCUGGGCUGUGGCCACACUGUGUGCAAAAUGUGCCUGAACAAACUGCACCGCAAGGCCUGCCCGUUCGACCAGACCACCAUCAGCACGGACAUCGAGCAGCUGCCGGUCAACACGGCGCUGUUGCAGCUCGUCAGCGGACAGGUACCCAAACCUCCCCCCGUCACUUUACUGACAGCUGCAGAGGACGUGGAGCACUAUGAGGAGUCUCGCACAUGUGUGGAGGACCUGGCCCUCUAUCUCAAACCCCUGAGCAACACCAGAGGUGCAGGGCUGAAUGGUGCUGCUCAGAGCGUUCUCAGCAGACCCAUGCAGAGGAAGCUGGUGACUCUGGUGCACUGCCAGCUGGUGGAGGAGGAAGGCCGCAUCCGGGCCAUGCGGGCGGCCCGCUCUCUGGGUGAACGUACUGUCACUGAGCUCAUCCUCCAGCACCAGAACCCCCAGCAGCUCUCCUCAAACCUGUGGGCCGCCGUCAGAGCCAGAGGCUGCCAGUUUCUCGGCCCUGCUAUGCAGGAAGAAGCAUUGAAGCUGGUCCUGCUUGCCCUGGAAGAUGGUUCGGCCCUCUCACGGAAGGUUCUGGUCCUGUUUGUGGUCCAGAGACUCGAACCACGGUUUCCUCAGGCCUCAAAAACCAGCAUAGGACAUGUGGUGCAGCUCCUCUACAGGGCCUCCUGCUUUAAGGUGACCAAGCGUGAUGAGGAUUCCUCCUUGAUGCAGCUGAAGGAGGAGUUUCGAUCGUACGAGGCUCUUCGGAGGGAACACGACUCUCAGAUCGUUCAGAUCGCGAUGGAGGGUGGACUGCGGAUCGCCCCGGACCAGUGGUCAUCUCUUCUGUACGGCGACCAGUCGCACAAAUCCCACAUGCAGUCCAUCAUAGACAAGUUGCAGACACCAGCAUCCUUUGCUCAGAGUGUGCAGGAACUCACCAUUGCCCUUCAGAGAACGGGAGAUCCAGCCAAUCUCAACCGCCUCAGACCCCAUCUGGAGCUGCUGGCUGACAUCGACCCCAGCCCAGAUGCCCCUGCGCCCACAUGGGAGCAGCUAGCCAAAGGGCUGGAAGCAGUGCGGACCGUCGUUCAUGGCCUGGUAGAUUUCAUCCAGAACCACAGCAAGAAAGGAGGGGAUCAGCAGCAGCCACCACAGCACAGCAAAUAUAAGACCUACAUGUGUCGGGACAUGAAACAAAAAGGCGGCUGUCCUCGCGGGGCAAGUUGCACCUUCGCUCACUCUCAGGAAGAGCUUGAAAAAUACCGUAAGAUGAAUAAACGUUUGGGAAUGAGGCGACAGCUCAGCCAGUCCCUGACCCAGCUGAAUGAGAUGGACUUCGGCAUCGGUCUGUUGCCCGACGAGGGGCUGUCGAUGGAGGGACUCCCACGAAAACCCUCCUCCAUCACUAACGCCAUCCUAGCAUCAGGACCUGAAUCCACUUUUGCCCACCUGGUUUCCAGAGGCUCAGACCCAUCAUAUGACCCCACACACAAACCGGAGAAGAUGAAUUCUGGGAGCCUCAGCGCGCCUGGCUCACCUCCAGAGUCAUUGGAAUCCAUCCCAAAGUCAGGGAUGCUCAUAAAUUCCCACUCCAGGGUGGACGGUGAUGGCACAGUCGGACAGAAGCACAUGUCUGCGGUGCCUAGAGUUCCUCACAUGUAUUCACCGCACCACUCUGACCUGUAUUACUCUGAGACACGAGGCCCUCUGCCACCCUCCGCUCAAUAUGAAUCUUCCCAGUACCCUCCAGGUAAUCCUUAUCCUUACCACCAUGUGCACCCACGCUACACCCGUCACCCCGCUCAAGAUCCAGGCAUGCCACCAUAUCCGGAUUCCUAUUCCAGUUCCUACACCUCGGAGCGCCAAUGCGCCAACCCAAGCUCCCAUUACGGCUACCCUUCACACCACGAUGGCCGUCGCCACUCAGCCUACUCCCAUCCCCAAACAUACCCCCCUCGGGAGGAACUGGUCCGUAGGAGUCCGGACGUUCCCCCACAACUACCACCCCAAAAUUCUUCGUACCUGCCAGAACAAGACGGUUAUAGCCACUCCAGUCAGAUCAGGAAUUACCCAAGGAAUGCCUACACGCGAUCCCAGCCUUCCCUAGACUACCUGCACCGUCGAAGACAGGAGAUCAUGGCCCAGCUGGAGGAUAGAAAGCCCCUUAGCUCCUCACACUCGCACGACCCCAACUGCCCUCAGGACAUGAGGGGACAGAGCCAUUACAUGCAAGAGAACUCCCAUGGUUUAGGACACUUCCGGGAAGCAGACUACACCAGCUCCUAUUCACCUUGGUCAUGUGACCCCUUCGGUUCCUACAUUGGCGGCAAGGAUAUAAAAUCCAAAGAGGGCAUGGACACACAGCAAAAUUUAGACAAAAGCAAAAGUCUGAGAGCACACGGCUUGGAGCUUCAACGCAGAGCGGCAGACGUCAAAGACGACGACCCCAUCAUUCCCUUUGGCUCUCUGCCAACCGUGUCUCGUUUUGGAGCCAUCUCGCGCACGUCUAAACCGGGCUACCCGCCAAACAGUCCCAUGCCACCCAUGCCAAACUCGGCCAAACACAUCACUUCUGCUGCUGACUACACCUAUGCGAAUCAAGGGGGGUGGAGUGGCGACUCUUACCAGCCCAACCAAAAGUCUCAUGGGCACUUCAGCGAGCGGUCCGGUUUAUCCCCUGCCGUGCAGGCGCGGGAGCAAUUGAGGAUGGAGCUACAGCAGGUCGACCUGCAAAUCAGCCAGCAGACGCAGAGCCGCGGCCUGGAGAACCCAAGCUCAGUCAUGUCCCAGCCGCCUCGAGCGGACUGGUCCUCAGGGAAUGUGUCCAGUGAACAGCUGAGUCUCGAGCUGCACCAGGUGGAGAGAGAUAUCAUCAUGAGGACACAUGAGAUGGCCAGGGAGAACCACGAUGGCAAGUACAAGCGGGUCUCAGUCGAAAAUGGACAAGAUGAACACACUCUACAGCGAGAUGAGCAUCCACUCACUCUUAGUGAGGGCUCAAACGGCUCCAUCGGCAUGUCCUUGCUGACCAACAAGACGUCAUCUCUCAGUUUGUCCUCUGAACAUGUGGCCAGCAGCCCUGAUCUGCCCAAGAACGGAGUCGCCCACUCCUAGUCUACCUCAGAUUCCCCUUCCUCAACCACCACCCCUCUCUUAUGCCAGGUUAAACCCUCUAGAGCAGGUUGCUCUAUCAUCGCUGUAUGAUACAUGCCAUUCAUUCACUUAAAUCUGAGCGUUUAGCUUCCUCGCUGAGCCUCAAACACCCAUCAGGCAAAUAUGGUUGGAGUUUGGGUGGGAUUCACUGUGCAUGUGCCUCAACAGACUUGCACAAUCAUGCCCUGAUUUAGUUUCUUUAUACAGCGGUAUCUGCUGUCAUGCAUUUUCUCCCUGUUUCUUGUUCACUUUCUUUUCUUCAUUGGCGUGUAAAUCGGUGAAUCUGAAAAACGUAAGAUGAUUUCACUUACGCUGUUUAACUAUCAUUAAUCCUCUUUCUUGGGUUUCAGAAUUGCAUUUUUAUCACAUGUGCUACGUUUUCUGUAGUUAAACUCUUGUUUGUGCUUGGUCUGGCGUUUAGACUUGUGUCAGGGUUUACAGAGUUUAAUAUCUUUUUUUUUUUACUGCAGGCUUGCUGCAUAUUCAACCAAUGGAAACCAUUUUUUUUUAUCAUGGCGGUCAAAACUAUGUAUCGUGUUUCAUACAUUAGGCUUCAUUUAGGCUUUUACAGUGUGAUUGCUGAGAUGCACAUUAUUGCGUGUUAUAGAAAUUCUCAUAAACCUAAAGUUCACUGAUUUGACCUCAACUGCGCUCAUGCCAACAAACCCGAAAUCCUUUUCCAGUCUUAAUAGGGCACUUGUAUUGUUGUCAGUGUAUUACACUACACUGCCUGUGGGAUUUCGAUUGAACCGCCUAUAAUCAUCAUCAUCAUCUUAAGUUGUAAUGUCCUCAGGGAUGCAUUAAUCGACCUCUAUAUUUUGUGGAUGGAAUAGAAAUAACCAUCCAGGUCACGCUGUUUUUUUUUUUUCAUAGUAGGUAUUGUUAUAUUUUUCCAUCCUGAGGAUGGAAAGAAAGCUGCUAUGGUAAAGCAUAAAGAUGCAUUCUGUUGUAAGAAUGCGUAUAUACUGCUCUUCACUUUGUCAGUGAAAUUAUGAUCUUCAGAUCAAGCCACGAUUUUUUUUUUAUAUAUAUUUGGAGUUUUUCAUCCUGAAAUAUGUGCUGUAUAUUCAAAGCAUAAAGCAUGACUUUGAUCCAGUUGUAGCCACUUCAAGACUCUCCUUCAUUCUCUGUUUCGUCUUUGAAGUUUGAAGAAGGUUGUUUUGAUGGGCCGGUUCAAUCGAAUUCCCCUUCAGGCUGAGCUCAAGUGUGUACAUCAUAGUUAUCCUCAAAUUCAUUCCAAUAUUGAUGGGGGAUUAACUAAGCUCCUAUACUUCACUUUACUGUCAAAGGAGACUGUUUGGACUUGAAAAGCUUGGACUCCUUACCUAGUAAAGGAAUAAUUCACCCAAAAAUGAAAAAAAAAAAAUGCUGAAAAUGGGUGCCUUCAGAAGUAGAGCACCUGAUAAAAACAUCACAGUAAUCCACAUGACUCUAGUCCAUCAAUUAAUGUCUAGUGAAAAGCUGCAUCUUUGUAAUAAAUAAAUCCAUCUUUAAGAUGUUUUUAACUAAAAUGCCAGUCCAGAUAUUGCUUUCUUUAGUGAAAACAAUCAUGACGUUUGAACCAGAAGAGAAAUAUGCACAGAUCAAGCACCUUUUAUAAUUCAAAACCGUGUAAACAGAUAUGGAUUUUGAUGGGCGAGGACAACAAAGGAUUCACCUUUCCACUGGAUGAAGUGUUAUUGUGGAGGGCCAGAAGCAAUGGUUUAAAUUAUUAACUGGAGUUACGUGGAUUACUUACAAAUUAUUGUGAUGUUUUACUCUCAGUGACGGCACCCAUUCACUGCAGAAGAUAAAUUAGAAAAUUUCUCCAAAUCUGUUCUGAUGAAAAUCUAAUUAAUUUACUUCUUGGAUGGCCUGAAGAUGAGUAAAACCUCACACAAUUUUCAUUUUUAGAUGAACCAUUCCUUUAAGAGAGUUAAACCACUAAUCAGGAAUACUUCAUAUCUCACGUUAUUCGGAAUUGGUUUUGUUUAGGUUUGAGUUUGUAGUUAACAUCAAUCCCAGUGAUCUUUAGAGUCCCACCACUAGCCAGCUCUCCGAUGUUGUUGGGAAUAAAAGUACAACUUUUUUUUCCACAUUUUCUGUGCAGAUUUUGGAUUAAAAAAUGAAAGCAUUAUCAAGCUAGCCAAAAUAAACAAGUGAAGACGCAAUAUGUGGAUAAUGUGCUCACAGAUUCUGCACAGACCUCGGCAACUGUUAAAUUUGCCUUAACAUUAAAGUACACAACAUAUUUCUGUCAGCUAUUCAGUGAUCAGUAACGUAUUUGGCUCAUCAAAACGCUUGCACUGUACAUCUCAAAAUUGCAUUUUUCAUGUUGUUGCUUCCUUGGUGGUGAGAUCUCAUCACCUAUCAAAGUCACGCCUCAAUGAUUUACUUUUAAGUUGGAGGUUAGUUUAUCUGUUUUUUUGUUUUGUUUUCCUGCUAGCAUAUAAUGGUCUCUUGAGACAUCCUACCGCAACCUUAAAAGCACCUAUUUUGGUGGAAUUUCUCUUAAGUUGGAGUUGAUUUCUAUUGUUUUUAUUUUGGUUAUUACAGUCACUUUGGUCUGAGCUCAACAUUUAAGCAAUCGUCAAGAUUGGAUAUUGCAACUUCGUUUAGGUAAACACUGUGAUGUACAGUGUAGACUUUAACAAUAGCACGAAUUUACCCAAAAUUGGUUUGAAAGAAACAGAGAAAGCUUUUUGUUGUUGUUGGUUUAAAGCCACUAAAUGGAUUACGAUUUCAGAAAGGCGAACUCUUGUAGGAAUUUUUUGGAUCUAGAAUAAGUCCUAGGUCCACUUGGGUAACUUCAUCUUUAUUUUUUGUUUUAAUGGAAGACCUCUGUCUUUAUCUCAGGGUUGAUUUUAGUGUAUUUGUGUGUAAACCUCGUGUUACUCGCCCUUUUUUGUUUUUCAGGACUGCAAUUGUCGCUUAACCAGUUUCAAGACUUGAAGACUUCAAGGUGUGCCUUUUUGCAGAUCUGC